CUUUUCGAAGCGCGCGCGAGAACGGUCGUCUCGUUCGAGCUUGUCCGCUAUUAUAUGUAUAUAUCGAUAUAUAUAUAUAUAUAGAUAGAUAUACACAUACUGUAUUCAGAAGCCAACGUAGAGCCGCGAACACGUGAGGCUCUCGUCGUCUCACUCGGGUACUCGACGUUAUCUCGACACGUCUUGUGACAUCUUUCAAUAUUUUCACGCUCGGCCGUGAAGCCGCGUUGCACUUUCCGAGACUCCCUGUGCGCCGUGACUUUUCAAAAGCGCGAAAAGAGAGUCAUUAAAAAGGCCGGCGCGCGCACUAUCAAUCUCGCGCUUGCGGCUGCAGUACAACACGUUCCUCUUGCUUCCCAUUUUCCGUCCUUUCUGUAAUAAUCCUUGGGAUUUUGCAAAUUACGCAACUUCCCUUUUUUGUGCACUUCUCUCGUUUGGAUUUAUCGAUUUUAAGAAGAAACAUAUAGUUUCUUAUUUUUACUUCCAGCUCCCUUUUUUAAUAUUUUGCUUUCCCUUCUUCUCUUGCCGUUUGUGUACUGUUGCUUUUGUUUUGGUGCAAUGAAAAGAUGAGUGUGACCCUUUAAGAGCAGCGGGUUGGAGGAAAGUGUGGAACGAUUCGUUAUAUCACAGAAAAGAUGCGGUCGCUCACGUGCUGGACCAUAUUUUCAUUACUGGCACUGUCGACGUUGCCAGUAAUAAAAGUGGAGGCAUGCAGCUGUGUUCUAACUCAUCCACAGACACAUUUUUGCGACUCGGAUUACGUUGCCGUAGUGAGGGUAAAGAAGUUCUUUCCAAUUAACGAGGAUGAGGUUGCCUACAGGGUGAAAGUCAAUCGGGUUUUCAAGACUAACCCGAAAGCCGACAUGGCCAUGAAGCAAAAUAUUUUGUGGACAUCAUCGAUAAGCAGUAUGUGCGGCGUAUAUCUGAACUUGGGAGAGACGUAUGUAAUCAGCGCGAGGAUUAUUUCUGGAAAGCCCAGUAUAUCGAUCUGUGGACUCGCGACACGUUGGUCCGAAGUGACACCGCGACAACGCAAAGGAUUCCGUCAAUUUUACCAUCGCGGUUGCGUUUGCGAGAUUCUCUACACUCACUGGUGGCGCAAGGGUGCAGCAUUCGAAUCCGCCGCGGGAAAGCGAUGUCUAUGGGAAAGUGCACCUGGUCCCCAGGAUUGCCAAGAAAAGUAUGGUAUAUGCAUGCUAAGCCCCGGAGGAUGUUCCUGGGUGCCUUCGGUGCCGUAUAAGAACUGCAUUAAGCAGCAUCAACGUCAACGUGAACAGCAACGCGCGAGAGAACCCUGAUUCUAGAAUUUCAUUCACCUCCUCCGCACGAAUUCUCUCUUCAGGAAGAUCAUACUCGCAUCUACUUAUUCUUCUGUCUCUAACACUGUACGCUCCUUGCAUUUUUUACGUGCAUACACGCCAGACGCAUUUAUGUGUAACGAUGCAUAGACGCGCAGUAGUUGCAUCACCCGCUACUUGUAUGAUACCGAACGAAAAUCGCUUGUUUUUUCGUAAAGUAACGAAAGUAUGAAAAAAAUCGGUCAUCAAGUGUGACAGCGUACAGAUCAUUAAUUUAUUUCUGAAUAUCUUUUUAAUCAUAUUGAGAAUCUAUUUUCAUCAAAUAUAUUAUAGAAUGCACGAAUUUUUCAGUCGGUAUCUGUGAUGCGUUUACGUUUUAUUAUUUCUAAAUCAAACAAUAAAUACUAAUGAUGUUACACAUUCAUUUUUUUUUUGGUAAAAUUAUCAAUUUUCAGGACACUUCCUGCUGAAUUCGUCAUUGUGGCGAAAUUCCUUUACGAAUACUCAAUAUUUUAUUUGUCAGCGAUUAACGCAAAUUAUUUAGAUAUUCACGUAUUGUAUAACAAAAUAUUUACCUGUUUGAUUUUAUUCAUAAAUUUUCUGUAUUGAGCAAGAACCGAGAACUGCUUUUCUAUUUAAUGAGAAAAUUUCAUUGAGAAAUAUAUCUUCGGCGGAGAUGUUCUCAGAUAAAAUAAUUAUAACUGUAUUCUUCUUUCCGCGUUGUACAUAUUUAAGGUUAAUGUAUGAUAUGUAUUCUUAAAUUAUUAUUUUUUUUUUUUAAUAACAAGUACAUUUUUUAUCAGUUUCGCAGACGUCAAAUAACACAUCGAUCACAUAUACAUAUGGUAUAAACAGUUUAAAUCAGUAUGCUAUCAUUAGUGGUUAUAUAUGAAAUGUUUAACUUUCAAAUGUUGUUAUAUGACGUUCGUGAUACUGUCGACCUAACCUAACCUCAAAGUAUUGAAUUGUCGUAUUAAACUAAUUGACGUUAUGCAUAUUACUUAUACGCGUAGACGUAUACAAUGUCUCUUAGUAGAAUCUCACAAUUGGGAUCUAUGUUGUUACCCACGAUUCGAGCGCGUAGAGCGUGAUCGUAAACGUUGGAUAAAAUUGAGUACAAAAAAAAACUAAUGUAUUUAAUUCGAAAUUAAUUAAAUUUUUUUCAUACUAACGUAUUUAAGUGUAAAGAAUAAUAUUCCGUGAAAAUAUAAAUGCCCUGACAGCAAGAUUGUAUGUACGUGUCGUCGAUUCAUUCCCUGGAAAAAACCUUGUCCAUUUGUUAACCCACCGAUCCGAUUAUUAUUUCCUAAGUGCGAAUUAAAAAUGUCAUUUAAGUUUGUAUUUACGAUUUACUCAAUUUUUAAAAAUCUUGUAUUAACCAAUGUACGACCAAUUGUAACUUGUGCACAAAAUUACACGGAAUUUAUUGUAUGAAGUUGGUUCGGCAAAAUUAAAGUUAAGGUGUAUUACGUCUUGUAAGGUGUAUAGCUGCUUUAUUUGUAAUGGAUAUAUAAGUAUAUUUAUAACUUGUCAUAAAUAUGCAAAUUUAUAAAGAUUUUCUAUUCUUAACAUCUCACCUACAUAUACCUGUUAUAAAGAAUAAUUCAAGAAA